AUGUCCCCUCUGACAAGUCCGGCCGAGGUGGUGCGCAUCGCAAUAGCGACACCAUCUUCAUGCUCGCCAACCACAACUGCUACCCUGCAAUCUCUCCUACGACCUGUACCAGACCAGGAUACGAAGCCUCCGAAGACACCGGCGAAGACAACAGUCGCUCGUAAGCCGCCACCGACAAGGACAACUCGAGCGAAGGCGACCACUACUGCGACGUCAGAUGCGCCCAAGCCUUUGACACCGCAAGAACGAUACAAACUUGCCACGGACGUCGUCAAUGUCUCGUUGAAAGUGCUGAACGAUGCGACAAAGACAAGCCCGUCGUCUCCCGCCCAAUCGCCCUCUAGGAAAAAGGUCUUGUCUUCCGGCCUGGCGACCAUUGCCGAAUGUGCCCGCCUUGCCUUCUCGCACCUUCGUUCCGCCCGUCCUUCUACCGAUGCAUCGUUACAGCUCGAGAUGGGCAUGCUCGCCCUUGUUUCCAAACUCGUCGCUCUCGGUCUGGAUACCCUUGCCAUGAAAGAGCUGCGCAUACUGAAAACGUGCAUACAUCAGAGGUGCGGAGAGAACAGCCAGGCACUGGUGGCUGAGAAGGAGACACUUGCUACCCUGUUACACCUUGAGUGUCGCACUACCGAUGUCAAGAUCCUGUCGCUAGCAACUUCAUAUCAUCUGAACGUCUUGCGCUUGAUCGCCAAUUCUGGUCGUCCCGCUACGGUUCAAGCUUCGCUGCCCUAUUUGUUGCUUGACAACGACAUCUCUCCCGGCGCAUUGAUUUUGCGACAUGUUGAGCAAUCGCAAGAUAGACACAAGGCAGGCAGGCAAUUGGAUACCCUCUCCAAGCUCAUACUAUCACUUUGCCCUUCUUCUUCGGCAUCUGCGGAUCAGACUGAAAAAAGUCUCAAGAUGCACGCCUCACCGGACACCAUAUUCAGCCUUCAAACCACCGCGCUUUUCAUGCAAAUGAAGUGGUGGCCUCUUGUCGAACACAAAGCGAAUCUUGAGAAGGAGCUUUACGAUCCACUAGUGCGAUACUUGGACGCCUUCAGAAGGCGUGCCGAUGACCGAAGUCCUCAAGCUUAUAGACAGGCUUUGAAGUGUGUCGGUUCCAUCAUAGACCUGAACAAGCCCAAGCCUACCAUCGCUGCUUUGUCUCCGGUUCUAUGCACGUCUUUAAGUGCCUUGGCUGAGUCCUUCGGGAUGCUAGAUGAAGCCUUGAGCUACACUGACUCCUUGUCCACGACUUCAGACACUACUCUGGGAUCAGACCUCACAUUACUCUGUACAAUCAGGUCCAUGGCACUCGCUCUCGAGCGAGACGAGAAUACAGAUCUAGCGUCUCUACAUACUCAAGUAACGUUAUGCAAAUUUGCGAUCAAGAACGACGCCAGGUCAGCGCAUCUGUCACUAGAUGAGCUGUUGGUGGAGCUUGCAAAACUACGCAAAACGACGAUCAGGCUCCUGACACAAAGCGUGGAGAAGCAAUCUGGCUCAGACGUAGACGAGCUUGGCUUCGAAUUGUGCAAGGUCACUUUUCUCUGCACGAACGUGCUCUUCUGGUGUCUACAUCGCGCUGCCGGUGAUGUCGAAUCCGAAAGCGUUGCGUCGAAAUUGCUUGUCUCAUUUGUCAGCUCUAGUAUCUUUGCGUGCAGAGCUUUGAGCUCGUCUUCCACUCAUGUCGAGACUAUCCAGGGAGCGCUCGAAGUCUGUAAGCAGCUCUUAGGACUGCGUUCUGAUUCGGACGCGGAGCAUCUGGUGGUCAACAUUUCUAACUUAUAUUGGCGGUGCUUCCAACUUCUGACUCCUGCGCCACAAGAGCCGUCUGAGCAAGGCAUAAAGUGUUUGCAAGCAUCGAUCGAGAUAUUACGUGGCCGAGCACUGGUCCACCAGGAGGCCGGUUUCUUAGCAGCGAAACUGGAAAAGUUUGGCAAUAUCGCUAAAUCAUGCUCUGUCUUCGCCGAAUCAAUUCACCUUCAGCUUCGCGCGGGCAUCUUGUGCGAUCUGGCGCAAGAGGCGCUUACCAAACCGCUUGCUGCCAUACUAGAAUCUCGACCAAAGGCGCAGGUUUUGAGGCGGAAUCUUUACGAAUAUCAUACAUCGGCAGCGAAAGAUCUCGAUUCUAUCAGUUUCUUUGAUGACAAGACGAUAGAUCUGGUGGAACGGGCGACGCUACUUGAGAUACAGCUGGCAUUCUUCGAAGAGGACCUAUUCAAACCGUCGCAUCGUAGGAGGAUAGCAACUGAUCUACAACAUUUAUGCGGCCAUCUUCUAGAUAUCUAUGUUCAAGCAAAUCAUCCGCUGCGGUGUGCCCGCGUAUGCACACGAAUCUUGAAAUACUCAAAGGACUUUCCUGGUUUGAUCAGCGAGAAGACCGCAGAGCAUGCGCUGGCCUGUCGCAUUGUACAAACAUCGCUUGGACAAGAUGAUGGUCUCCAGUCCUACGCGCCUUAUCUCGCCGCUUCUCUCUCAUUGGCACAAACACUGCACGCAAACGGGAAUCCCACUGAGUAUAUCACGACAUCGGUACAGAGUCUCUCGGCUUUGUUGAAACCUCUGAACACAUGGGAGAGUAUCACAAAGGCAGUCGACGACGUGGAAGCUCUCACAUCGGACUUACAGUUUGUCGCUACUUUUCUGGCUUUGAGAGGCAAGAACGAGGCGUGCCUCGAAGCACUCCAAGCACUUUCUCAAGUCACUCAUCUCAAUCCCGCUCUUGAGCCAUCAUCUGUUUUGAUCAUCUCAUCAAAACUUGCCCUACAGUACUUGCGCAUGGGAUAUUCCUCAGAAGCAUGUCGCAUCCUCGAGAAGGGAGAGACGAUGUCGAGCCGAAUGGAUCUUUCGGUCCUCGCAAAACUCGAGUGGCAUCUUAUGAAGACGGAAGUCUGGACGACCUUGGGCCAGCCUACUGUUGCUUCAAAGUCAUUGGCAGUUGCUACUGAAUGUAUGCGUUCCUUUCCCGCGGUGGACUAUGCCUCGAAAGCGCAGGCCCAGAUUGUACGAGCGCGGUUCUCUUUUGUGUCCUCUUUGUACUCGAGAAGUGUAGGUCAAGUCAAGCAAGCUAUGGUUCAUGCUAAACGUUAUGUCUUGUCGUGCCAACAGACAUUGACAUUCUUGGAGCUCCAACAUACCUCCUCGAACAAUCAGUCUACAUCGCCUACGGCCGCUUCGCACGAUGAACUUGCCAGGGCAGUGGACAGGCUUGCUAUCUCCGACGCACGAACACCACCCGCCUCAGAGGCUGGUGCACCUCAAGGCGCCUUCAUCUCAAUGAUCGUACCUGAUCUUCUGAACAGUUUCCUGCACCUUGCUGAGACGUACGCACAUCAAGGUCUGCGAACCGAAGCCUUAUAUUACCUGGACCAGGCGGAUGCUCUGGUUUCAAGAAUUGAUGUGCCUGAAUUGCGCACCAGAGUCGUGGUUCAACGAGAAGCUCAGGCAUACAUAGAGGGCGUUGAGCCUGAUAGACUCGUCGACGAGGGCGGCCUGGUAGAGUCCAUUGACUUGGUCAAGUUGGCGAUCACAAGAGGUGACUGCUAUGCAGUAGAUGAAGCGACCUGGGAUACUGCGCAGCAGGAGUAUGGAAAGGCCGAGUCUAUGGCCGCCAGGCUUGCAAGCAAGAGGUUCGUCGAUAGCGCCGAGACUUUAGAGGCUCCCAUGGCUCAGCCUGCAGCAAGUAAGGUUGCAAAGAAUGCUCCAGUCCGAGCAGCGAAGCGAGCUGUGACCAAGACACCUAUCCCAAGGUUGCCACCAGCCAAGAUUAUCAAGCCUGCAAACACGAAGGUGAAGGCUUCGACAGCUUCAGUCGUCCCGGAACAAGAAAACGUACCACUGUCGAGCUUGAGUGCAGCAGCACUCAGACAGCGUGGCCUCCUCCUAAUCAACCAGGGCGAGACUGAUCUUGGCCUCGAGCUACUGAAACGAGCCGACUCAAUGAAGUCUGACUCUGUUCAAGAGAUUCUACAACAAUUGGCAAUGGCGGAAGGAUUGCUCCGCAAGUUUGGUGACGAGCUAGCUCUCGAUUUCACUUUCAAUGUCUUGCCCGAGUCUACCAUCUCAUACCCUGCACUAUCUGCUCUGGCUGGAAAGAAGCCAUCGGUACAAGUCUCGCUUUCGUCAACUCCAAUGUCGCAUUCCAGCGCAAUUACCCCAAGGAAAGGCAGCAGACAAAAGAGCGCUGACAAUGAGUUCUCCCGGUUCCUUUGCGAGGCACAAGAGCGUCUGGUAGUCAUCCAGCGUCGUUCUGCCACUACUGCUGGUAUGUCGGUCUUCCAUCAGCUGUGUGGUCUGGGCUCGAAAGCUAUGAUGUUCCUCUCUGCAAUCAAUGCUAGCAUGUCACUUUCUGGAACACUACAUCCCACACGUGCGGCCUGCUCAAUCGAGAUGUCACGCAUCGAAGCCUUCUCUCGAGAGUUGGGUACUAUAGAGGCCGAGAAAGACUAUCACAGCCAGCAUCUUACUCUAAACUUUACAGCUCAAGAGUCAAACGGUCAUCUCUCUGCAGCAAGGUUCCAGAAGGAGUACGUGGACAUCAUUCCCAGCAGCUGGACUGCCGUGUCGUUGACUCUGAGCGAAGACCAUAAUGAGCUGUACAUUGUGCGAUAUCGAGCUAACCAAUCGCCCUUCCUGUUACGUCUACCAAUGACGCGUAACAAGAUGCAAGAUAUCGAGGGCGAUGAAGGGUCGCCAUCAUUUGACUUCGAAUCUGGCAAGGCCGAGCUGCAAGAGAUCAUCGAGCUCUCGAACUACAGUUGUAGCAAGCCUCCCAGUGCUAUGACACAAGAAGCCAAGCAAAGUUGGUGGGACGAGCGAGAAGCGUUAGAUUUGCGCAUGCAAGAACUGGUUGUCAACGUCGAGAAUAUCUGGCUUGGUGGUUUCAAAGGUGUUUUAUCUCAGCACCGGAAGGACUCUGGACUUUUGGCUCGAUUCAGAAAGUCGCUGGAUGGCAUCUUGGAUAGACAUCUUCCGUCACGACAAGGCACCAAGAGCAAAGCCAAGAAACUCGUUCUCGAUGCCAAUAUCAUUGAGCUUUUUGUUGGUCUAGGAGACGAUCAUGAUGGCGAGGUUGAUAUGGAUGAGCAAGUACUUGACCUCCUCUACUUCGUCAUUGAUAUCCUUCAAUUCAAUGGCGAGCGUAACGCCUAUGAUGAGGUUGACUUCGAUGUCAUGGCGACCGAGACUAUGGAUGCUCUGAGAUCUUACCACGAAGCAGCCAACUACAACGACGCAAAUCAAAAUCAUCUAAUACUUAUUCUAGACAGAAAACUGCACGCUUUCCCAUGGGAGAGCAUGCCUUGUCUUCAGGAUGUCAGUGUAAGCAGAGUCGGCAGCAUGCUGACACUUCGAGAACGCAUCCUUGCCAUGCGACGUCAGGUGGGAGACAGAACUGAAGAGAGGUACACAGUGAACAAACAGUCUGGAGCAUCCAUUCUCAACCCUUCAGGUGAUCUGUCUAGGACACAGACUACCAUGUCGCCCCUUCUCGACUCUUUGAUAAAGCGGUCAAACUCGUCCUGGAAAUCGACCGUCAACAAGAUCCCAUCAGAAAAAGACUUCUCCUCCGCACUGUCAGACAAAAGCAUGCUCAUGUACUUUGGACACGGAAGUGGAAAUCAAUAUAUUCGCAACCGCACCAUCAAGAAACUAGACAAAUGUGCAGAGGUGGUCUGGCUGAUGGGCUGUUCAAGCGGUAUGGUGACCGAGCACGGAGACUACGAAUCCACCAGCGUCCCACUCAGCUAUCUCGUCGCUGGCAAACGCCCCGAAGACACCCACUCAGACGACGAAGCCAAAGUCCAACGUAAUGACAGCAGAGAAGGUCUCUGCAUGGCCAUCGUCGCCACACUCUGGGACGUCACCGAUAAAGACAUCGAUCGUUUCGCCGUCCAAAUGGGUGAGCAUUGGGGUCUUUGGUCUUCAGCGCCUGCUCCUUCGCCUAAAGAACUUGCGCCUCCGAAAACACCCAGGAAAAGAGGGAGAUCAGUGCCGAAGACGCCUUCAAAGACACCGUCACGUACUCCUGGUGGGAGAAGUAGAAGCCGUUUGGUCAUGAAAGAUGAAGAUGAGGACAGAAAGAAGAGUCUUGUGGAAGCUGUCAUGAUGAGUAGAGAUGCUUGUAAUUUGAGGUACCUCAAUGGUGCCGCGACGGUUGUUUAUGGUAUCCCGGUGUAUUUGGGUGAUUGA